CGACGAGGAUGCAAAUAGAGCUCUCGACUCCCUGUUUUAAACGACAAAUAUCUAUAAAAUAGGGUUACCGAAACGUGUCGAUUAAAAGCACGCAAGUUACAGUCGGAAAAUAUCGAAACAAUGCAAAGGAACUAGUUGAAACAUGCAACAAGUCGUAUUAGUACAAGUAUUUCGUAAAAUCUUUAAUAUUGUAUCGUUUAAUUCUCAAAAUUGUGAGAUUCAAUUGAAGUCCGAUUUGAGAAACCAAUUGCUCCGCGACCGAAUGUUUUCAACGUCGACUGUAUUCGUGUAGAAACUGUCGGAUCCCAGUGAUUUUGCAAGCUGCUUCAGAUGUAAAACGACACACAACGAAAUCUUGCGAGGACGAUAAAUUGCAGAAGAGGAGUGGCGUCAUAAUGAUAGAAUCGCAAAUGCAGAUAAGUGCAAGAUUGUUCUUAAAUAAUAAUUGAUCCACAAACUCGAACAAUUGAUCGUCCAAGUUUUUCGUAAUUCAAACAGAAACAAGUGAAAAGUUUCUCGUUUAUUCGUUAAGGGCGAUCGUCAUUUAGAUAAGAAUUUUGCUCGUCUCGCGAAAAAGUGAUCGUGCGUGCGAACAGGUAGAAUUCAAACGGAGGAAGAGGAAGAAAAUCAGUGGGAGGGUGGGGGUCGGAACGGUUGGCAGCACCGGCGCUCCAAGAAACAUAGCCCCGCGCCUCUGCCCUCGGUCCCGCAUCGCUAGUGCCAGUUUUCUUUCGGAAGGGCUCCAGACAAGAGGUGUAGAAGGGGGUCGGGGUAAAGAAGUCGAAACGAAAGAAUUUCGUGCCCGAUUACGGGACCGAUCGCGUACGAAACGAAGCGAUAAGGGACAGGUGACGUUGAAUCGCGUGGAAUUUUAAUGGGCGGGAGUAAACGAGGAAAGACUGCGUAUGCUGUGAAGUCGCGCAUCGGAAAGUAGGUUCGAUUCGGCAGGCAUAAGAAGAAGUAAGAAGGAGGUAGGAGAGUGGCGGAGCGUAUAUAGAGGAAAGAGGAAGAAAAAAAAAAGAGGUGUGCGAGGACGCGUUCACGUAGUCGCGUGAGAGAGGUGAGGGCAACGGCGGCGUGGUGAAAGCCGCGGUGAACCGGAGAAAAAAAGAAAUUCGGCGGUAACCGGUAGCACCGAGGCUACCAAGGUGUUCCGGAGCGCAGCAGCAGCGGCCCAGGAUGCUGCCCGACGGAGCAAGAAGAUGGCCGUGAUCGGCGAGCAUAGGUGUUACGCGGCGAUCCGUGCGAACCCGUACACGGAGUUCUCGUGUCGCAGGCUCGAGGCAGUGACACCCAGGUCGCCGUCCUCCUCGUCCUCGACGUUGUCUUCUCAUCGCCGUCGACAGAGAAAAAAACCACCGCAUUUACCUGGACGGCUAGCCAUGUCCUCUUCACGGGGCAGCGGCCCGGAAUCGGGGGACCUCAGCGACUACGAGGACGGUUACCUGGACACAGAUCCUGUAAGGUACGAAUUGAGAAAUAUACAAAACGUGAUACACGUUACACGUCAGAACAUUGAUGCAUUGAACAACCGUUUCGCUGGAUUUCAACAUCCACCUUCGAUAUACUUGAACGAAUAUCAAGAGUUGACCAGCAAGUUACACGAUUUAGAAUCCAAGGAACAGAAGCUCAACGAAUUGAUGAACGCGAGUAUGGUAUCAGGCAGUGCUUCCACAUCAGAGAGCGAAUCCCGUGAAGUUAAUGUAAGCAGUAGAGGUCAAAGGACGCCGAUGAGGUCUUUGCUCAGAGCUCAUUUACCUAAUCAACAGCGUACCAGUGUACAGGUUCGCGAAGGACUAUCUUUAAGAGAUGCGCUUGCCAAAGCAAUGAAAUUAAGAAAUCUAACCACCGAAAUGUGCGUGGUAUAUAUUUUGGGUGUGGAUAAGUCCAAGUUCCUGACGUCUUGGGACACGGAUAUCUCUUUAUUGGAUUGCGAUGAAAUAUCUGUGGAAAUUUUGGACAAGUUCCCUAUAACUACUUCCAUUUCACAUAACUUUGUUCGUAAGACUUUCUUUUCGCUUGCAUUCUGCGAAUAUUGUAGAAAACUGCUCUUUCAAGGAUUUUAUUGUAGAACGUGCAACUAUCGUUUCCAUCAAAGGUGUGCAGGUGGUGUACCUGCCUUGUGCCAUCAAGUACGCAUGCAAGAUGUUUAUUACCAAGCAUUAUUGGCGCACAAUCUUGAAAGUACUGCUGGGAUUUUGCAGCUUCCUUCUGGUUAUGGUUUGAGCAGGACCAUAUCUCCCUCUCUGGCACCUUCGAGAAGUAGGAGACAUCCACGUUCCUUGGGACAGCAAGAUCGUUCCAGUUCUGCACCUAAUGUUUGUUUUAAUAUGGUCAAACCAAGCGGAGAUGCUGCUAAUUUAGACGAAUACAGUAGGUCUCAGAGUUUAGGUCGCCCUAUUGGCAUCACUCAGAGCGCAAUAUCUCCUGGUAGUAGCCCUACGAAACAUAGUCAGUCUACUCAGGCUAGUCCUACGAGUACUUUGAGGCCAAAACGACCAAGAGCGAGAUCAGCUGACGAAUCGUCUAAAAAUUUUCUGGCGCCUAGAGAAUCUAUAGAAGAUUGGGAAAUUCCACCAGACGAGAUUUUAAUUGGACUCAGAAUUGGGUCAGGUUCUUUUGGAACGGUAUAUAAAGCUCACUGGCAUGGACCUGUAGCUGUAAAAAUGCUUAACGUUAAGAUACCUACUGCUGCUCAGUUACAAGCAUUUAAAAAUGAAGUUGCAGUUUUGCGUAAAACACGGCACGUAAAUAUUCUUUUGUUUAUGGGAUGCGUUAGCAAACCACAACUUGCGAUUGUUACUCAAUGGUGCGAAGGAUCUUCGUUGUAUAAACAUUUACAUGUAUUCGAAACCAAGUUCGACUUGUUCACAUUGAUAGAGAUUGGAAGACAAACUGCCCAGGGUAUGGACUAUUUACAUGCAAAAAAUAUCAUUCACCGUGAUUUGAAAAGUAAUAAUAUAUUUCUACACGACGACCUCACUGUGAAAAUUGGUGAUUUUGGUCUGGCCACUGCAAAGACCAGAUGGUCUGGUUCCCAGCAAUUCCAUCAACCGACUGGAUCUAUUUUGUGGAUGGCACCAGAAGUAAUAAGAAUGCAAGAAGAAAACCCAUACAGUUUUCAAUCCGAUGUUUAUGCAUUUGGGGUUGUUUUAUUUGAAUUAUUAGCUAGUCAGUUACCGUAUUCGCAUAUUAAUAACAAGGAUCAAAUAUUGUUUAUGGUUGGACGUGGCAAUUUGCAUCCCGAUUUAAACAAAUUACGUUCGGACACUCCAAAAGCAUUGAAAAGACUGACAGAGGAUUGCAUCAAAUUUUCCAGAGAAGAGCGACCAAUAUUUCGUCAGAUCUUAGCCAAUUUAGAAGGUCUUGCUCGAGGAUUACCGAAAAUUACGAGAUCGGCAUCCGAACCAAACUUAAACAGGACGCAGCUACAAUCGGAUGACUUUGUAUACACCUGUGCUUCGCCAAAAACUCCAGUGAAUUUCCAGUUUGGAGCAUUUUCUUUUUAUCCUUCCGGUGGAAAUAUAUAAAAAUAUCACCCGAAGCAAUGAGUCUGAUGCAAUUUACGUAAAUUAAAUAUUUAAAGGAUCUAAAGAAAAAAAAAAUCGUAAUACACCUAGCUACGAACAAUCUACGUAAUUCUUUCCAACUAAACUUUGACUGUGCCGCAAUUGUUUGCUCGAUGUAGAAUGUGAUUAUAAAAUACUUAAUGCAAAUAAGACGGAAGGAACAGAAGUCCAUCUUAUGAAUCGACGUAUAUGAUGUAUCUCAUGGCAUGAACGUGUAGCUUUUAUCUUUACAUACUUACUAUCUAUGCCAGGAAUUUUUAUUUGAUGAGUUCUAUCGCUCGUGUAUAAACACAUUCAUAAACAUGUAUAUACACGCGUGCGUUGAUGUAGAAGUCUCUUCCCUUUUGUGGAAUCCUUACGAAGGAUGUAAAAAUAAAGUAAGUAAUAGAUGUAACGGCAUUUAAUUCGCGUUGGCCGUCGAAUUUGUUUGCGAAAUAUUUUUGCAAAGACCGAAGUGAUUUUUGUACCUACUUCCUUCGUGAAUUGUCUUGAAUAUGCUCACAUAAGAAUUGUUCCUUUACGUAAUUUAUAAUUUAUAGUCUAAUGUUAGAAUGUACAUAAGUUUCAUUGAAUCUAUCUAAAAUUACGUUUGCUUUAUAUCGAUUAUCUCUUUUUUUCCUUAGUAUUUCUUUUCCAUACUAAUUAUAUUCGACUGACGUUGUUAUUAUUAUUAUUAUUAUUUUUUUUUUUUUUAACGCAAUUGCAUCCAUAAGGUAAACAAAAACACUUUGUUCAGAGGUACCAAAAGCUCUAAUUCAUUAGAUCGUAACGAAUAAAUAUCAUAACGAAUGAAAGUGAAAGUCAAAUAAAAAGUGAUGUGCAUACUUAGUUUUCGACUUCGAGACUUUAUCGAUAAUACGAACUGUAUCAUACGAAUCAUUUGCGAGUCAUUUAUUUUGGCUUAAAGUAAUCCGAGGUAUGUCACAAAUCAAGGCCUAAGUCUGUUUAAUUUUCAUCGACGAGAUGUAACGGUUCGUCCCGUUACAAUCAAACGAAAAGGUAAAAUAAUAAUCGAACUUUAACGUAGCAAACACCGACGACUUUAUCAAACUAACUUCCACCAUAUCCUAACUUUAUAGUCGACUUAUUGUUCCUCGUAUUUUGAUAUUUAUUAAUCUUUACCGUUACCUUUUGUAAGUUCUUUUUCACCGGUUCGAGACUCGCGAUGCAGGAAGGGGCGCGAACUUCACUUCGAUAUCGACCGAUUACAAAGUAUUCGUUACGUACCAUCGAAGAGUUGAUUUACACGUGACGGACUCUCGAGCUUUUUGUCACGAUUAGAGCGUGUUUCAGACAGAGAUGGGCAAAAUUUGUGAUCUAGAAAGAAAACAUACUUGAAUGCGUUAUAUUCGUUCAAUGAAAUUUGCAAUCAAAGUAUAUUUAAUGUUGAGCAAUCGUUGCGAAUAAAUGGCUAUAUACAGAGUUUUUAUUCCUCGUCGAUUAUUCGAAUCAAAUUCUGCCCAUCUUUGGUUUCAGGUAAUGGCCCGACGAGCGGUAAACAUAAAUAUAGAGGAAACGUGCACGGUUUAUGAACGUCAUCAGUGUUCAGGAUAAACAAAAAAAAAAAAAAAACAAAAAAAUUAUACGAUAACAAAUGUUGCUUCUUCUAUGACGUUUUGCGUCAUUGAUCCUCGUGAUUCUAUCGUCUGUCGAUCGAGGCACGUUUCCGGAGUAUAAAAAAAAAGGCCUAACAGCAAAUCUUCGAAAUUCGCUAGUUAGAACGAGUGAUCCUUAUUUCUAAAGCAUCACGUGGCAUCUCCCGAUUUAUUAUUUAUUUAUUUAUGCGUAAUUCUCGGUGUGACGAACUGCGAUUGAAGCAAGGAAAAAUGUAGAAAAACGUGAAUUGAAAAACAACUGAUAGGUUUACGACGACUCAUCGAAAGCGAGAGAUAUAGAAGAAACCAGAGAUGGGACAUUUUAUUUCGAAUAAUACUUUCAUUCGUUAUUCCGACGUUUUAACUAGAUAACAAUUUUGCCCAUCUCUAGCGAGAACUGAGAAUCGUAGAAGAGCGUUCGAGUGUGCAAAAAGAAAAAUGAAUGAAAAAGAAUAAAGUUGGGUGUUCGAAUGACUUAGAGUAAAUUUUUAUUUAGAUAACCAUCCGACAACAAGAUUCUUAUUCGUUAUUCGUCAAUUGAUGUAUUCGUUGGCGACGGAUACAGGUUUACUUGGAUAAAGUUGUAUGCGUAACUCGCGAAUAAAAGUUUAUUUGGAUAAAGCGUUGUUCAUUAUCUGGAUAAAAAUUUGCCCAACUCCGAAUGAGAGAACGAUCCGACGAGUGUGUUAACCGUACCAAAUUGACGCACUCGUCUUCGUUAACGACGCCUUCUCGUAACAAGGAAACAGCGAACCGUGAGGUAUAAUUAACGAUUGUUAAAAGAAUAUCUCGAAAUGGACGAAAAGAUGCGAGACAGGAGAAAAAGGGAAUGUUGCGAUGCGUGCGGGACAGCCCUUAAUUAAACUUUUUCCGAAAAUAAAAGGAAAGCCAUCGAAAGAAACUAGUAAUAGCUGUGAAAUGUAUUACAAUUGCAUUAUAUAAUGUAGAGAAGCCGACAAUCUAUUUCUGCGUUCACAUUUUUACUCGUUUCUCAAUUACGACACGUAUCUUUUUCUGGCCAACAGGUCUCUACGUUUCUACAAGUGUCAUUAUCCUGAAUCAGUCACUUGAAAUACAUAUUUAUUUUCGAUUA